GACUCGGGGCGCAUGCGCAGAGUGUAUCUCUCCUCCUCUCCUGCUUCCCCCUUUGGGAGUGGUUGCUGUGGUGACACAAGGGCGAGGGAAGGCCUGACGUGGGAGGCGCCGCCCCAAUUAAGUAUCUGGGAGGCCUGUUUUUUAAUGGCAUCCUCGUCUUCGUGGGCUCGGCGUCGCUUCUGAGGAGCUGCUUGAGGCCCUUUCCCUAGAACCGCUACUUAGGGGAGCCAAUGUAAUUUUGCUUGGUUGAAUGGAUAACAUCAAAACAACUGGCAGACCAAAGGUUGGGGACCCCUGCUCUAGAUGGCAGCACAAUGUGUAACAAAGGUGGAGCUGACCAUGUCCUGUAGCAAUCUCUUGGAUAAAGAUGUCGGUUCCAAGUCAGACCCACUGUGUGUGCUGCUUCAGCACACAAGUGGACAGCAGUGGUAUGAGGUUGAUCGCACAGAAAGAAUAAAAAAUUGUCUGGACCCAAAGUUUUCAAAGAGAUUUCUAAUUGAUUACUACUUUGAGCUAGUCCAGAAACUCAAGUUUGGAGUGUAUGACAUUGACAAUGCAACAGUUGAGCUGAGUGAUGAUGACUUUUUAGGAGAAUUUGAAUGUACCUUGGGGCAGAUUGUUUCUAGCAAGACACUGACUAGGCCCCUAGUGUUGAAAAAUGGAAAACCUGCAGGAAAAGGAAAAAUCACGAUUACUGCUGAAGAAGUAAAGGACAAUCGAGUGAUCAUAUUUGAAAUGGAAGCAAGAAAACUGGACAACAAGGAUUUUUUUGGAAAAUCAGAUCCUUAUUUGGAGUUCCACAAACAGACAUCAGAAGGAAACUGGGUGAUGGUACACAGAACAGAAGUUAUUAAAAAUAAUUUGAAUCCUGUCUGGAGACCAUUCAAAAUUUCUCUCAAUUCUUUAUGUUAUGGUGAUAUGGACAAAACAAUAAAGGUGGAGUGCUAUGAUUAUGAUAGUGAUGGAUCACAUGAUCUCAUAGGGACCUUUCGAGCCACUAUGUCACAGCUGAAGGAAGCAUCUCGGCAAUCACCUGUUGAAUUUGAAUGCAUCAAUGAAAAGAAGAAGCAAAAAAAGAAAAGCUACAAGAAUUCGGGCAUUAUCAGCGUGAAACACUGUGAAAUUAUUAUGGAAUGUACUUUCCUCGAUUACAUCAUGGGAGGCUGCCAGCUGAAUUUUACUGUUGGCAUUGACUUUACCGGCUCUAAUGGAGAUCCCCGCUCUCCAGACUCCCUGCAUCACAUCAGUCCUAAUGGAGUGAAUGAAUACUUGACUGCCAUUUGGUCUGUGGGGAUGGUCAUCCAGGACUAUGAUGCGGAUAAAAUGUUCCCAGCAUUUGGAUUUGGUGCGCAAAUCCCUCCAUCAUGGCAGGUGUCGCAUGAGUUCCCAUUAAACUUUAACCCAUCGAACCCAUUCUGCAGUGGAAUCCAAGGUAUUGUGGAUGCAUACCGGGUCUGUCUUCCUCAAGUAAGAUUGUAUGGGCCUACCAACUUUUCACCAAUAAUAAAUCAUGUGGCAAGAUUUGCUGCAGCUGCUACUCAGCAAAAGACAGCAUCAAGUUAUUUUGUGCUCCUCAUUAUCACUGAUGGUGUGAUAACAGACCUAGAUGAGACCCGAUCUGCAAUUGUUAAUGCUGCCAAACUUCCCAUGUCCAUUAUUAUUGUUGGUGUUGGAGGAGCUGAUUUCAGUGCCAUGGAGUUCCUUGACAGUGACAACGGAGCUUUGAGAUCACUGUCAGGAGAGGCUGCUAUCAGAGACAUUGUCCAGUUUGUACCAUUUCGGCAGUUUCAGAAUGCUCCGAAGGAAGCUCUGGCUCAGAGUGUCCUGGCAGAAGUGCCACAGCAAGUGGUCAACUAUUUCAGCACGUUCAAGCUCCAGCCACCAAAGAAGCCUGAAGCAAAGCCAGAGGGGAGCUGAACCGGAGAUACCAAUUUCAUUUGCCCAGGUGGAGAAUCACUGCACCACCUGCCUUCUUCAUUUGUCGCAUAAGUAUAUAAAGAGUUAAGAUUGUCUUUUUCAUUUUUGUUUUCUGUUGCCAAAGAUGUCAUUUUGUUUAACAAUCCAUUGCAAAUUGGAAAAAAAAAAACAACUCAGGCAUACUAUGCAACUUUUGGGGAGAGCAGGGCAGCUAACCACAUCAAGUCUUUUGAUUCCUUCACUAUGAGGCCUGGAACAAAGUACAGUAACUGUCUCAUAGUGAUAAGUUGCAAAACAAACAUAGGGUUUUGGUGCCUUAGAAGUAGUUGUUGCUGCAAUUUGACUUCUUACGUGAGAGGACUUUGGCUUGCAGAAAUGUAGCAUAAAGCAUGUAAUCACUUGUGAAGAAGCAUUAAGGCCAUGGAAGGGCACAACCUAUCUUAGAAGCAUCUCUUUUCAUUUUGCCUCAGUGCCUUGUGUAUUAGCCUUCUGUGCUGUAUCUGAAUACGUACACCUUGAGACAUUUAAUAAUAUAAAAAUAAUAUAAAAAGUAUACUAUGAAACUGAAGUAUUUAAAGACUUGCAGGUUAUAUUAUUUUAAAUCAAGGUAGGCCAUUUACAUAUCUUCUAAGAUUGCCAUCAGUCAGUACCUCUCUAUUCUGCAUACAGAGGAUAUAUGUGUCAUAAGGAUUUUAUUGUGUCAUUUUACAAAACCGGUUAACUUUUGAAGACUAUAACUGUAGAGGGACAGCAUGUGAUUUAUCAUGUAUUAGCAAGCCUUGCAUCUGCCGAUAAGGAGUAGUUCUCUUCAUGGAGAUUAUUUCCCCGAAGUUUUAUUUUGUAUACAAUGGAAUAUUUGACCUAAACUUAGUUAUUAGACUCAACGGAUUGAAUCAGUUGGAACUUGAAAUUUGCAUUGAUUCAAUGGGAAUGCUCUAGUUGGGGCUAAUAAUUGGAUUUAGGCUUCUAACAAGUAUUUAUAAUACCUUUGUGUAGAUAGUUCCAGGAUGCUUCUGUCAUCUUCAUUCUGCUGGUCUGUAACUGGCCCAGAAUGAUCACAGUCACCUGUUUUUCACAAAACAUGUUAAAUUAUUGUUAUCCAGUGUCCAUUGUGCCUUUGGGAAUCACUUUUAGUUUACUAACUGCAAGGAAUUUGUUCAGAAUUCACCUGGCUUCAGCAUCUCUUCAUCUCAAAACUGCAUUGAUCACGAGGCUGACAAUGGAAACAGUUUCUUGUACUUUAUUAGAGUAUUGUCAAUAUGCCAGAUAUGUAUAUAGUAUUUCUGUUUUUCUUUAUAUAUAGGUUAAUCCGAAUUAUUUGAAAAUUAUUGUGAAAUGUAUAAUGUGAUAGAUUAUAAAGAUGAUUUCCGAAUAGCCAAAAACUAAAGCCUAAAAACAAGAUACAGAGACUAGCAUUCAUGUGUUCUCUUCGAACACGGAAAUUAGCUGUCUUAAACCUUUGUACUUUUUCUGUUAUCACAAAUUCAGUUCAUCUGAAGCUUAAACGGGUGUCCUUAGGUUGGUAAUUUUGAAUGUGUCCAAUCGAUGGCAAAUUUACCUUCUUAACUGAAGAUGAUCUAGCUCGAAAUAGCCUUUUAUUGCUGUAAUCGAAAAUGUUGUGCCCACUAGAAAUAUUUCGCACUGAAAUGUCUCUUCAUUGAUGUCUUUGUAACAACCUAUUGGGGACUUUCUGACCCUGUUACAUAAAUGUCACUGACUUUUCGGUAACUGUCUUAAUUAAGAUCAUGAUUCCUAAGCUAAUGCCAAAACAAAACAUAUCCCUGUAAUGUGGAUGUUUGUUGUGAUGGCAGAUGUUUUGUAUUACUGAAUUAUGGGCAGCCUUUUCAAAAUUUGCUUGCAAUCAAAAUGCUUGGGAAUUAGAAUAUAAUCAUCAAUCGUUUUUUUAAAAAAAAAUCCAACAAGGUAUAUAAAUGCUUCCAUAUUUGUAGUGCUAUUUAACAAUAAAGUCUGAAAUUAUCCAUCUUCA